AUGACUUCCAAAAACACCUCACAGUCAUUAAACCACUCUUCGUCCUCCUCCUCACCCCCGAACCAGAGAUUGCAGAGCAUCACCGGCCACAUGUCUUCCUUCACAUCCACCAGUUUCCCAGCAGAGGCUGUGCCUCAAGCUCCAGAGGACCCCCUCUUCGGGUUGAUGGCAGCUUACAGAGCUGACACCUUCGACAAGAAAGUUGAUCUUGGAAUUGGCGCCUAUAGAGACGACGAUGCUAAGCCAUGGGUUCUACCAGUUGUCAAGAAGGCAGAUGAGCUCCUCCGAAAUGACCCCGCCUUGAAUCACGAAUACCUUCCCAUUGCUGGUCUUGCAACCUUCACAACUGCCGCUGCAAAGCUUAUUCUGGGCUCCAACUCUCCAGCUCUCGCAGAUAAGCGCACUUGCUCCGUACAAACCAUUUCUGGCACAGGAGCUGUCCAUCUUGGAGCUCUCUUCCUCAAACGCUUCUACCCAGGCAACCCCACCGUCUACUUCAGCAAUCCCACCUGGGCCAACCACAAUCAGAUCUUCUCCAAUGUCGCCCUUCCAAUCGCAACUUACCCCUACUUCUCGAAAGAAACCAAAGGUCUCGACUUUUCUGGCAUGAAAAAGGCGAUUGGUGACGCUCCAAAUAACAGCAUCAUUCUCCUCCACGCCUGUGCACACAACCCCACCGGUGUAGACCCUACAAAAGAGCAAUGGAAAGAAUUGGCAGUCCUAUUGAAGGAGAAGUCGCACUUCCCAUUCUUCGAUUGCGCAUACCAAGGUUUCGCAUCCGGUGAUCUGGCAAAGGAUGCCUGGGCUGUCCACCACUUCAUUGAGCAAGGCUUCGAGCUCUGUAUUGCACAAUCCUUCGCCAAGAACUUCGGAUUGUAUGGUGAGCGUGCGGGAUGCUUCCACUUCGUCACUGGACCAGGAGCAGACGCACAAAAGACAAUCGGCAGAAUCUCGUCACAGUUAGCUAUCCUGCAAAGAUCCGAGAUCUCAAAUCCUCCAGCAUAUGGCGCGCGAAUUGCCAGUCUGGUGCUGAACGAUGAGGCGCUGUUCAAAGAGUGGGAAGAGAACUUACGCACAAUGGCUGGUAGAAUCAUUACCAUGCGUAAGGCUUUGAGGGAGAAGCUUGAGGAGAUGAAGACCCCUGGCACAUGGAACCACAUCACAGAUCAGAUCGGCAUGUUCUCUUUCACAGGAUUGAGCGAGAAGCAGGUCUUGACCUUGAGAGAUGUGGCACAUGUCUACAUGACGAAGAACGGACGUAUCAGUAUGGCUGGACUGAACACCAAGAAUAUCGACUACUUUGCGAAAGCUGUUGAUAAGGUGGUUCGGGAGACGCAGUAG